AUCGGAAGUCCAAAUAUUUGUUUGAAUAUGCGGGUUUCCUGUAUGCUGGAGGUAUGUAGAUGAUACAUUCACUGUACUUCGAACACAGGAUACAGAUAGAUUUUCGAACAUAUUAACUCAAAGGUGGAGGCAAUUCAAUUCACUUAUGAAUUGGAAAGUCACGAAGGGAGGCUUCCAAUUUUAGACUACAGCGUAAAAAGAAAGAAGGUGGGAAGUUAAACACUAGUGUUUAUAGGAAACAUGACAAAACCCACAAUAAGGAAUCUUAACCUUUGACACCUUCAUCCAUGUCGUUGCUUGUAUUUGAAACGAUGCUUACCAGAUAAGUGAAGGAGGUAACCUCUGUCAAAUCCCUCCCGUUGAUGGUGAUGGUUGUUGUUGUUGCUGCUGCUGCUCUUCGUUGGUUAUCUUCAUCACCUCCGUCUCACCUGGAGCCCUGUCUUCGCUGCUGGUCUCUUCAGCCAGCUUGUUGGUUUUCACCUCCAAGUCAUCGAGUUUGUAUGACAUUAGACAUAUAUCAUCCACACGCGAAAUCCAGAUCUUCUAGAGCCUACUUAUCGGUCGUCCAGCUCAUUCCUGAUUUCUUGCCCCCAACAGUCGGACGCAUAAUCCAGUCGACCACAAUUAUGAAUAUCAUCGGUGAUAAUAGGCAGGUAGCCUUGUCUUACUCAUGUACGCACUUUGUGAACGCCUCACUGAGUUUUUCGUUGUAUCUUUUACUUCAGAAAAAACAUUUAAAUAACUCAGGUAUUUCGAAUUGAGUAAUAUUAAUAAUAAUAAUAAUAGUGAUAAUAACAAUUGUGAAAAGCUUUAAAUGAAUCAGGAAUAAUAAUAAUACUAAUAAGUGGUAGAAUAAAGUGCUAAUAAUAUUAAUAAUAAUAAUAACAACAACAAUUGACAAGUAAAACAUAUUACCAUGGUAGAUUCAGAGUGACGACCACUUCCUUUUGUACACCGAAGACCUGGUUUACAAACCUGAAUUCCACAAGCCUCCAU